AUGACGCGUGCUCAGCAGACCCUCUCCGUUCUCCUGCUCGUCUCCUCGCUCUACCUUUCUCUAUACCUGGGCCUUGUUCCUCUCAACGAAACCAUUCAGAAUGCGAUCAUUCCUGUCCUUCCCUUCUAUGCUCUGAUAUGCUUCGGAUGCUACCUCCUCGGCCGCUUGGGCUUAGCGAUUCUCACUUUCAACGAUGUCCCGGAGGCGCACACGGAACUGCAAAAGGAGAUCGAACAGGCCAAGGCCGAAUUGCGCAGAGCGAACAUCGACGUUGACUGA